AUGGCCAAAGGCUCUAUUCUAGUUACCGGUGCCAACGGCGGCCUGGGUUCCUCCAUCGUCGACCAGAUCUUACAUCGUUCGUCACUUGCUCAAGAGUAUCAUGGACUAUACACGGUCCGCAAGGUCGAGACCGCGGAUGCUGUGAAAAAGGUACUCCAACGCGCUGGCAAGGUGAAUCACCAAUAUGACCUCGUCCCGCUCGACUUGGCGAGCCUCGCUAGUGUCCGCCAAGCCGCUGCAGACAUCAAUUCACGAGUUUCGAGCGGCGAGAUACCACCUAUCCGUGCCCUAGUGUUAUCUGCGGCAUACCAGGAGCAUGACCAGCACGAUUUCACCAAGGACGGGUUUGACAUGUCCUUCCAAUCCAGUUAUCUUUCGCAUUUCCUCCUGACGCUCCUAUUACUCCAAAGUAUGGACAAGGAGAAAGGUCGUAUAGUUGUUCUAGGUAGCUGGACACAUGACACUACCGAUCCUAGGAACAAAGUGGGACCAUAUGCGGAUACUUACGUGCCCGAGGAGUUCCAUCAGAUAUUUAACGACCCCGAAGGCAGCACCGAAGCUAUUGCUAAGGGUAAGUGGGGUGUUGCCGCAGGGCAAGCAGAAACUCCUAUUGCUGGUAUGAGGCGGUACGGAGCUGGGAAGCUAUGCGAGAUUAUGAUGAUGCGUGAACUAGCACGGCGUAUACCGCAAGACCCAGCUCUCUCCAAAAUCGCGGUGCUAGGCCUCGACCCAGCAGCGAUGAUGAGCGGCAUAGCGCGACGUAGCGGCUGGCUGGUGCGAGUUCUCAUCAUGCAGUAUAUAGGCCCGCUGAUUGCGCCGAUUGUAACGUGGCUAAGCCCCAACGGUAAUCUACGGACGACGUGGAAGUCGGCCGCGGAUGUGAUACACGCGUGCUUUGAUACAGACGGCGGACUUGGCGAGUACCCGAACGGGAUCUACCUUAACGGCACGGCCAUCUCGGACGUCGGGCCGGAGGCUAAAGACGAGACUAAGUGCCGCCGGCUAUGGCACGAUAGUUUGGGGUAUGCAAAUAUUAAGGAGGGUGAUACUGUGCUGGCAGAUUGGCGAUGA